AUGGGACAAGGUUCGUCAGUUACAGAAAACCGCAGCAAUGUUGAUCAAAGGUUGAAAAAUUUCAGUUCUAAUUCUAAUGCUUUGCGAUAUUUCAACGAAAAGGCUUUAAGGUUUCUUACGACACCAGAGUUGGUAGCAUUUCGAAGCAAAAUUGGAGGAAAGAAGCUUACGGAGAACAUAUCUAAUGAGGAAAUAACAAAAUGGCUGCAUAUGCCCAGUGAUAAUAUAGUUUUGCGUGAGGUAUUCUACAAUUUCAUACGUGUUUUGAGUAAUUUCCCCUUGAUUAGAGAGGGAUUUGACAAUGUCACCGGAUUUGGUCUUUUGAAGUCAAUUGUUCUCAUAGAUCAUGAAAGAUGCCGAAAAUACCUUGGUUUAAAAUCAUACAAUCAGACAAGGCUAAUGUUCAUCGGUCUUGCAACCUCAAAGAGUAUCAAAGAAGAUUAUGAAAGUACAGAUUCGUCUCCUUCAAGGACAUCAUUGAAUGAGGUAAAUAGUUUCAGACACUAUGAUCGGAUAUCAGUAGAUGAGUUGAUGAUCCCUGCAACCUAUCUUCAAGAGUUCAUCACAUGGUUGUUACUCUUAACCACCCACUGUCCAACGAAUAAUUGCGAAUUUCCCGCUGAUCAUGUUUAUCGCGAAUGGCCCACUUAUAAAAAUUCCGCAAUGAAUAUACUCAGAUCUAUGGAUCCUAGUUUGGUAUCUACUGGAGAGCCCCAUUCGAUUAAUUAUGAACAAUUUUCUAAUACAAUUACCACAGUUAUUCCGGACAUUUUUGCACCGUUAGAGAGAAUAAUGGAGCAUUUUCUGUAUCAAGAGAGUGAUCUGGUUUUUGCUGAGUUUCAAAACAAUUUAUCGACAUCCAAGCUCAUGAACCAGGCCUUAAUAGCCCAACUAGCACUAUCAUUACCAAAAGAACUUGCGUUUUCGAAAUUGCAAAAACUGUAUGUUGGCCGCGAAAGUGGGUUUUCAAUGAGAUCGCUGCAAGCAAAGGUGUUCAAGUGGAUGGCACCUACAGUAAUUUUAGUCAGUGGUAAAUGCAUUUUGAAUGAUGAAGAAUACUCAAUCAAAAACACGAGGUAUAAAAAGUUUUUACAAGAGUUUCCAAAAUUGAAGGAUGAUUCUCAGCAUUUAAACGAAGCUCAACUGCAUAAAAAUAAAGUAAUAUUCGCAGUCUAUAUUAGUGAGAACUGGAAAGUAACGAACAAAGGAUAUUUUGGUGGUCCCGGAACCAGAAUCAUACAGAUUUCUCCGACCUGUGAUCUAUUCAAGGCAACCCAACCCGAUGUAGUUUAUUUUAAUACUGUUGGAGGUGGCAUAGGCAUCGGAAGUAAACAGCCAACUAUUAAGGGUUUGAAUAAGUCGUAUUCUCCAGGGAAUGUUUCUCUAACUUUAGAUAGUACUCUAGAGUUUGCAGUUUUUAGACAUGUCGGUAAUGGUGGAAAGAUAAGCCCCGGAAUGCUUAUCAGUAAAAACAACUCAGAAGACAAACCUUUCGAGAUCAGAAUGCUGCUACAAGAUGUGGAGGUAUGGGGAUGUGGCGGUGAAAAAGAACUCCAGGAACAAAUGAAACAAUGGCAAUGGGAGGAAACCGAGGCUAAGAGGCGUCAACAAAUUAAUUUACGCAGCAUGGGUGAAGACCGGGCAUUGCUUGUGAUGGCAGGUAUAUUAGGAGAACACUCUCAAAGUGGUGGCUCUAUGUAA